GCAGUGUGGUUGGCUGCCAAGCGCCUGGUGCCUGCGCUUCUGCUAGAACCGGAGGGCAGCACAGCAGACGCAGUGGGAGCCGUGCAUCGUCGCAGCCUGUGCUUCUCCACGGCGCUGGGGCCUCCGGGAGUGCUAACGCUGGACAAGCCGCUGCAGGCAGCCAGGGCUGCAGGAGCAGGACUAUGUCCACCAUGGUGUACCCAAGGGAGGAGAAACUGGACAAGCUAAGCCAAGAGGAAAUCAUUUCCAACACCAAGCUCGUGAUGCAAGGGCUGGAGGCACUCAAGAAUGAACACAACUCCAUCCUGCACAGCUUGCUGGAGACCAUCAAGUGCCUGAAGAAAGAUGAAGAAGCCAAUCUCGUGCAUGAGAAAUCCAACCUGCUCCGCAAGUCAGUGGAGAUGAUUGAACUGGGGCUCGGAGAAGCUCAGGUGAUGAUGGCAUUGUCCAACCAUCUGAAUGCUGUGGAGUCAGAGAAGCAGAAGCUGCGUGCUCAGGUGCGGAGACUGUGCCAGGAGAACCAGUGGCUGCGCGAUGAGCUUGCCAACACCCAGCAGAAGCUGCAGCGCAGUGAACAAACUGUGGCUCAGCUGGAGGAGGAGAAGAAACACCUUGAGUUCAUGAACCAGCUGAAGAAGUAUGAUGAGGAUGUCUCACCUUCGGAGAAGGAGGGCGACUCCGCCAAGGACUCUCUGGAUGAUCUGUUCCCGAAUGAGGAGGAGGACCAUGGUCCUGGAUGUAAUGCUGUGGCAGCUGCCCAGCAGGGAGGCUAUGAGAUUCCUGCACGCUUGCGCACCCUCCACAACCUUGUAAUCCAGUACGCCUCACAGGGACGCUAUGAGGUGGCUGUGCCACUCUGCAAGCAGGCACUGGAGGACCUGGAGAAGACAUCAGGCCACGAUCACCCUGAUGUGGCCACCAUGCUCAACAUCCUGGCACUAGUGUACAGGGAUCAGAAUAAAUACAAAGAGGCAGCACACCUCUUGAAUGAUGCUCUCUCCAUCCGUGAGAAGACUCUGGGCAAAGACCACCCAGCGGUGGCAGCAACUUUGAACAAUCUGGCUGUUCUCUACGGCAAGAGAGGGAAGUACAAAGAAGCAGAGCCACUGUGUAAGCGAGCCCUGGAGAUCCGUGAGAAGGUCCUAGGCAAAGACCAUCCUGAUGUCGCCAAGCAGCUGAACAAUUUAGCCCUGCUGUGCCAGAACCAGGGCAAGUAUGAUGAGGUGGAGUACUAUUACUGCCGGGCCCUGGAGAUCUAUGAGAGCUGCCUGGGUCCUGAUGACCCCAAUGUGGCCAAGACCAAGAACAACCUGGCCUCCUGUUACCUGAAGCAAGGCAAAUACAAAGAUGCAGAGGUGCUGUAUAAGGAGAUCCUUACCCGUGCUCACGUGAAGGAGUUUGGCUCUGUGGAUGAUGAACACAAGCCAAUCUGGAUGCACGCGGAGGAGAGAGAGGAGAUGAGCAAGAGCAAGCACAGAGACAGUGCUCCCUACGCUGAGUAUGGUGGCUGGUACAAGGCCUGUAAGGUUAGCAGCCCAACUGUGAACACCACUCUGAGGAACCUGGGUGCGCUGUACCGACGCCAGGGCAAGCUAGAGGCAGCUGAGACCUUGGAGGAGUGUGCUGUUCGCUCUCGGCGGCAGGGCAUUGACCCAAUCAACCAGACAAAGGUGGUGGAGAUCCUGAAGGAAGGCGAUGGCACAGAGAGACGGCGGAGCCUGGGGGGCAGCGUCAAGUAUGAGAAUGCCACAGACGGUAGCGAGGAAGAUGGCAGUGGCACCCUCCAGCGCAGCAGCUCCCUGGGGAAAAUCCGGGAUGUGAUACGGAGGAGCAGUGAGAUGUUGGUCAAGAAACUGCAGGGCAAUGGUCCCCUGGAGCCCAGGAACACCAGCAUGAAACGAGCUGCAUCAUUAAAUUACCUGCACAAGUCUAGUGAUGCUUCGUUUGAGGGCACCCAAGGCCUCCGUGCAGAGAGUAGAGGCCUCAGCGCCAGCAGCAUGGACCUGUCCUCCCACAGCUCCCUCCUGGGGGUCCACGGGCGCCGGGAGGCCCUAGCUAGUUUGGGAAUCGCAGCCUGCACGCAUGCUCCUCUGCUGCACACCCAGGGCCGGCAGCUUCGGUGGCAGCACGCUCGGCACCAGUCGCACACGCUAGCCAGGCAGAAAUGCCAGUCCG